CGGGAAGACGCGAGGGGGGUCGCCCCUUCCCGCCGCCCCGCGCGCGCCAGAGCCCAACCGCCGCGGUGCGCGCCACCUCGCGGCAGGAGUCUCUGACGGGCGGGGCUGGGCAGCUCUCGCCCCCUCCCCCCGCCCCUCGGCCGCCACCUCGGUGGAGCCCCCCGCCGCCCGCCGCCCGCCGCCCGCCGCCGCCGCCUCAGCCAAGCCGCUCUCCUUAGCCGCCGCCCGCCCCUGCCGGCGUCCUCGCUCGCUCCCUGCGCAGCGGAAACAUGGCGGCUAGAAGGGAGUGAGUGAGCCGCCCGCGCCCCGCGCAGCUGUCGCCCUCAGAUGGAGAGAUUAAUACACAGAGAACCUAACUUGUCAGAGUCAGAGCAAGGCAGAGGUGGAUCCAGGAAUAAGUCCUAAACUUCGUCACUCCUUGCUUAGUUUUAGUUCAUUGACUAUGCAGCCUAGUGAACUCCUAUGCUGCUCCUGCAGGAGUCUCCUGGCAGUUACUCUGAUCAGUGGGGUGGCUUUGCAGCCUACUUGCUGCAGGAACAGGCAAGGUCCAUUCACAGACCUUUGCUGGUAUGUACAGAAAGCACCCUCUGUCGACUGGAAUGAUGUGAAAAAACCUAAGUAUGGUCACUUGUCAGAAUCUGCAUCUCAAUACCAAGAGCCUGUGGACAUCCUGGAGCUAGGUCAUUUUACCUGGGACAAAUACCUAAAAGAAACAAGUUCAGUCCCAGCACCUGUCCAUUGCUUCAAGCAGUCCUACACACCUCCAAGCAAUGAGUUCAAGAUUAGCAUGAAAUUGGAAGCACAGGACCCCAGGAACACCACGUCCACCUGUAUUGCCACAGUAGUUGGACUGACAGGUGCCCGACUCCGUCUGCGCCUUGAUGGCAGUGACAACAAGAAUGACUUCUGGAGACUGGUUGACUCCUCCGAAAUCCAACCAAUUGGAAACUGUGAGAAGAAUGGCGGUAUGCUGCAGCCACCUCUAGGAUUUCGGCUGAAUGCCUCCUCUUGGCCCAUGUUCCUUUUGAAGACGCUAAAUGGAGCAGAGAUGGCUCCCAUCAAGAUUUUCCAUAAGGAGCCACCAUCACCUUCCCACAACUUCUUCAAAAUGGGAAUGAAGUUGGAAGCUGUGGACAGAAAGAACCCUCAUUUCAUCUGCCCAGCCACUAUUGGAGAGGUCCGAGGCUCAGAGGUGCUGGUCACCUUUGAUGGGUGGCGAGGCGCAUUUGACUACUGGUGCCGCUUUGACUCCCGGGACAUCUUUCCUGUGGGCUGGUGUUCUUUGACUGGAGAUAACCUGCAGCCGCCUGGCACCAAAGUUGUGAUUCCAAAGAAUCCUUCCCCUUCGUCUGAUGUGAGCACUGAGAAGCCCAGCAUCAACAGCACCAAAACUGUCUUGGAGCCUCAGCCAGGGCAGAGAGGGCGCAAACCAGGAAAGAAGCGGGGCCGAACGCCCAAGAUCCUUAUUCCCCAUCCCACCUCUACCCCAUCCAAGUCAGCUGAACCUUUGAAAUUUCCAAAGAAGAGAGGCCCCAAGCCUGGCAGUAAGAGGAGACCUCGGACUUUGCUGAGCCCACCACCCACCUCACCAACAACCAGCACUCCUGAACCGGACACCAGCACUGUUCCCCAAGAUGCUGCCACCAUCCCAAGUUCAGCCAUGCAGGCCCCCACAGUUUGUAUCUACUUGAACAAGAGCGGCAGCACGGGCCCCCACUUGGAUAAAAAGAAGAUCCAACAACUCCCUGACCAUUUUGGGCCAGCCCGUGCCUCUGUGGUGUUGCAGCAGGCUGUCCAGGCUUGCAUUGACUGUGCUUAUCACCAGAAAACUGUCUUCAGCUUCCUCAAACAGGGCCAUGGCGGUGAAGUCAUCUCAGCCGUGUUCGACCGGGAACAGCACACACUCAACCUCCCAGCCGUCAACAGCAUCACCUAUGUCCUCCGUUUCCUGGAGAAGCUCUGCCACAACCUUCGGAGUGACAAUCUGUUUGGCAACCAGCCCUUUACACAGACUCACGUGUCACUCACUGCCACAGAGUACAGCCACGGCCACGACAGGUACCUACCAGGUGAAACCUUUGUCCUGGGCAAUAGCCUGACGAGGUCCUUGGAGACACACUCAGACCUGAUGGACUCUGCCUUGAAGCCUGCCAACCUCGUCAGCACGUCCCAGACCCUCCGGACUCCUGGCUAUCGGCCCUUGCUUCCCUCCUGUGGCCUUCCAUUGAGCACUGUCUCUGCUGUGCGCAGGCUCUGCUCUCGGGGAGUGUUAAAAGGAACAAGGGAAAGAAGGGAUGUGGAAUCAUUUUGGAAACUAAAUCAUUCCCCAGGGUCAGAUCGACACCUGGAGAGCCGAGAUCCCCCUCGCCUAAGUGGCCGGGACCCCUCCUCAUGGACAGUGGAGGAUGUGAUGCAGUUUGUCCGGGAGGCUGAUCCUCAGCUUGGAUCCCAUGCUGACCUCUUCCGAAAACAUGAAAUCGAUGGCAAGGCCCUGCUCCUGCUGCGCAGUGACAUGAUGAUGAAGUACAUGGGCCUGAAGCUGGGGCCUGCCCUCAAGCUCUCCUUUCACAUUGACCGGCUGAAGCAGGGCAAGUUCUGAACAGGAGGCACUCUUCUCCCAGGAAGCCGCCAGCCAGCUCCCAGGCACCGUAGUAGGGCUCUGGGUGACCUCAGGACUCUAGGAGGCUGGAAAGCCACCACUGCUACCCUUCCUGCCCUGAUGCGUCCUUCCAUGAAGGACUGAGGAGGGAACAGUGGGUAGGGCUGGUGCUGCUCUUCCCAUUAGCCUGCUGUGGCUCCCGGGCCCUUCUAUUUAUUUCUCAAGGCUAGCCAGCCUCUCACCACAAGUUUAGACUGAGCACCUUUCAAGAGAUGAGGAAGACGCCAACCCUAGGACCUUGAAAGGCCCUGGUACCCAGGCCCCUUACCACCUCCUGGGCUUGGCAUAGUGUCCCAUGGCCCCCAGCUCAUGCCUUCUCACUGGAUCCCCAGACUCUGAACUUAUGGUGCAGACCUUUUUAAAGAAAUCUUUUCUUAUUGCUAAUUUAUUGCUUCUCGCAUUUGGACUUAAUGCUUCUCUUGCACCAAACAUUUUUUUUGGAAGAGGGAGACCAUCCUCUGUGGUCCAGAGAGGGCCUCUCCAGAGAAGCGUGGCCCUAUUUCAGAAGACACUGCCCUAGGGCCCUUCUUCUCUGGAAUGGACAAAGUAUAUGGCUCACUGAGCAUAAGGUGAAGGUCCCUCUUCCUACACUGGGUCCUCUGUAGCCCCAGCCUUCAUCUCUGAUGGAGUUUUCCCCUCACCCUGCCCACAGCUCCCUGCCCUGGUCAGAAUUGCUGCAAAAGAUGGGGCCUGAUGCUAUUAGGUCACGGGGCCCCAAUGGUGGGAUGGAGGACCUCAAGGCUGGAGGUUGUCCUCGCUCCUGUACUUCCUCCUAAGCAAGUCAGCAGCACUGCUGCCCCCACUGCCAUCUGAACUAUUUUAUGUCAGUUUGUUUAUAAAUAAAGACCAAUACAAAUGCC